GAUUACUAUUCAAAUUCUACAAUUCUCUUCUCUGCAAUUGACUUCUUUUUAUUUUCUUCAACAAAUCCUGUUCUUUGGAUUCAGGAAUCUCUCCGAGAAUUUGAGAAGAAAGUUUUCUUCUUUUCUGUAACAGUUCCAAGGAAUCUAAAGAAGUUUCAGAAGAAAUUGUCUUUUUUUUCUGCAUAAGUCUAAGUGAAUUAGAGGAAGAAUCAAUGGCAUCAUUUGCAAUAGAGGAGUUUGUGGGUGAUGGAGUUCUGAGUGGGCUAAUUCCUAAAUUUGUAGCAGCGGGAUGGGAUGAUGUGCCAACACUGAAGAUGAUAAAUAUGGAGGAUAUGGAAUUGCUUAAAUUGACACAGCAGCAGCAGGAAGCGAUGGAGCUUAGAACAUACUUACAUGACAGAUCCUUGAUGCAAUAUGCUGAUAGGAUGGAAGCCUCUAAAGCGACACUAACUGAGCUUCUGAGCAUGACAACCGUUUCUCUCUCCUCUCAAUUCGGCAUGAAGAAAGGCCAUGUUUCUCGCUUUGUCAACAGAGAAAAUGGUUAUAGUAAUCCAAAGCCGAGUUCGUGUGUUCCUCCUGCGAUGGAAAAUAACGUCAGUGAGACAAGCAAUGGGAGUGAACAUAAUUCAAGCAAAGGGAGCUUACACAGCCUUAAGUCUCACUUAAAGUUAAAUCCCAACUAUGAUCCACCCACUGCUAAAGCUGUUUUAGACCUGAAGCUCAAUGAUGGCCAUGUAUUUAAGGGAAUUGUUGCUUCUAAACCAGCUUAUCCACGACUAUGCGGUUGGAUUCAGCCACCACCAAUUGUGAAUGAUGUUGCUUCACAUUCUUCAAUAGCAAAUAUUUCAGUGCAGAAGCUGACUCCAGAGUAUAAAGCUGGCGUCCAACGUCUUCUGGAAAAUAAAGCUCCACCUAUGAAAGCUUCAGAUUUAUGGAGUAAUAAGGCAACAGUUCUGUUGUGUAUUCGACGCCCUGGGUGCAUUAUGUGCAGAGCUGAAGCUCACCAGUUGUAUUCAAGGAAACCUAUAUUUGAUGCCUUAGGAUUUCAACUUGUUGCUGUUCUACAUGAACAGAUUGAAUCUGAGGUGAUAGAAUUUUGGCCUCGGUAUUGGGGUGGGCUUGUUGUUGUAGACCAAACCAUGGGAUUUUUCAAAGCUCUAGGAGGUGGACAGCUACUCAAAGACAAGUUUUUAACAGGUUUUAUUUUGAAUUCUCAUGCAAGAGCCAAUUACAAGGCUGCCAAAGCUACUGGAUUCGAUCAAAAUUUUAAAGGAGAAGGUGGAAUCAAAGGAGGGAUGUUUAUAAUUAGAAGUGGAAGAGGAGGUGUUGCAUACCAGUUCAUUGAAAGGACCUUCGGUGAUUGGGCGCCUAUUGGUGAAGUGGUAGAGAUUUGCACUCGGAUACAGGUGCGGUUUUCUGAUCGAUUCUCUGAGAAAUUAUUAGAAGAGGUUCAUUAAAAAAAACCAUGAAGCUCCCACUUUUAGGACUUGUAGAGAUUAAUUCCCUCAAAUCUUUUCGUACAUCCUAAAAUCAGAUUUUGAUUUUAAGAUCAAAUCUGAACAGAAUUGAAAUUUUUUCGGCGGAUUUAUCAAAUCUGAAGGUCCCAAUAUACAGCUAUUAAGUUCCCUAGAUAUAACAGCUCAACAGCCUCAUACAUCUAUUUGAAACAUAUCAUGGCAUGCUGCAGGGAGAAAAAAAAAAAA